AUGCAUGCUGGGGUAUCAUACAUUGGAGCUGAAGCCCAUCUAACUGUUAAUCAUAUGUUUAUGUUAAAGGCCAUGCCUCAUGGAAGAUCUGUAAAUUCAAGCAAUAAUGCUCGUUAUCAUAACUUGAUCAGAUCAAUCAGACGUUAUGAAAAUAUUUGUAGAAGAAUCAGGGAAGAUCGUUCUUUAUUCAUUGGAACCUAUAGAGAAUUGAGAAAUUGGAGGAGAGAAAGAAAUUGGGAUGAUUUUCAUCUUGUUGAAGAACGUUGGAGAUUUUAUAGAACAUAUAUUCGUAUAUAUUUAUAUCGUCAAAGAUUUCUUGGCAGAUGA